UUCAGAACGAAAGUGUUGCGUUGGGGUCGGAACCAUAAUAUUGUAUGAUUCAUAACAAUAACAAUGUCGGCUCUGUUUUGUAGAAGUACAUUACGGACUUUGAUAAGAAGCACAUAUGUACGUCCGGGCUCAAGAAGGUCGGCGGUUCGAACGUUGUCCUCUACAACUGGGGGAGAACCACAACAGAGUACCACUACAGAAGACUCUGCCCCUCCCCCACCAGAAGAAACAUGGGAAGAUGACAUGUCACAGGACUUCUACGAUAUCAUAGUGUCAGGAGGGGGGAUGGUGGGAGCUGCCAUGGCUUUAGCACUCGGCAGUGACCCUUGCCUGAUGGGGAGAAGGAUCCUGAUGCUGGAUGGAGGACCCAGGAGGGUUCUCACACAGGUACCAGACAGGUUCAGCAGCAGGGUCUGUUCACUCACACCAGGAACUGUGCAGCUGCUGCAAGACAUUGGAGCAUGGGAUUACAUCAAUAAAAUGAGAGUACGGCCCUAUAAAAGGAUGCAGGUAUGGGAUGCGUGUUCUGAUGCCAUGAUCACCUUCGACAGAGACGACCUGAACGAGGACAUCGCGCACAUCGUGGAAAACGACGUCAUCUUGUCGGGCCUGAUGCAGCAGCUGGACGCGAUGCGGGGUCUGGUGGACGUCAUGUUUGACACGAGGGUCAAAGGUUACAAGCUCCCGUCCAAGGCCGCGGACGGGGAGGACAGUCCGUGGGCCAGGGUGAUACUGGAGGAUGGCCGAGUGCUCGAUACGAGACUUCUGAUUGGUGCAGAUGGUCCCAAAUCUCUGCUGAGACAGACAGCUAACAUCCGACAGCUGUCCUGGAGCUACAGCCAGGCUGGGGUGGUGGCCACACUCAAACUCUCCGAGCCAACAGUGAACAAUGUUGCCUGGCAGAGGUUCCUACCAACUGGUCCCAUCGCCAUGUUACCGUUGAGUGAGACCCACAGUAACCUGGUCUGGUCGACAACUACUGAAGAUGCAGAGACACUCCUGAAGAUGCAAGCAGAUGAAUUUGUAGAGGCAGUCAACAGUGCAUUUUGGCAGGACUAUAAAAGGGAGGCUGCCGUUGAUUCUGCUGUACAGACUGUUCAGUCUAUCCUGUCUGCUAUUUCCCCUGGUGGAACCUCUGCGAGACAGCUGCCCCCCAGUGUGUCUGAUGUAGAUGAAGACAGCAGGGCUAUGUUCCCUCUGGGUCUGGGCCACGCCACACAGUACGUCAAACACAGAAUGGCCAUUAUUGGGGAUGCCGCCCAUCGUGUCCACCCCAUGGCUGGCCAGGGAGUGAACCUGGGGUUUGGGGAUGUCUCCUGUCUGAGGCAGGUGGUGUCAGAGGCAGAGGCCACGGGGGAAGAUAUAGGUAGUGUAGAUAGACUGUUGGAGUUUGAGACUAAGAGACAGCAGGCAGUUAUCCCCAUGAUGGCAGCCAUUGAAGGUCUCCACAGACUGUACUCCUCAGAUAACCCAGCUCUGGUGCUGCUGAGGAGUGUAGGGCUACAGUUCACCAAUGCUAUCAAACCACUCAAGAAUGAAAUAAUGGGGUUUGCCAGCAAGUAACCAUGAAGAGAAAACUGACUGUACUGGGCAUCUGAGCAAGAGAGAAAAUGCCAAGCUGCUAUACCAAGGCCCGCUUGCAGUAUAUAUAUUAUGAUGUUUACCCAGUCAUAAUUUGCUGCAUGGGAAGUUCCCUCCCAGUAUGUGAAAGACACUGAACAUUUACUGGUACUAUAGCAGGGCUGGAAAUCCCACCAUGUCUACCCACACCAGUCCAUGAGUAUGCAUUUGUGGAGUUUUGCUUGCUAUACUGAUGAUCAUUCUGAUUCUGAAUUGUCACCAGUGAAAUGUUACAUAAAGAAUUCAAACGUCUUAACUGUUACUGGUGUUAGGAGUUUGAUGCUUACUUAUCAAAUCUCUUUUUCAUGCAGAGCUGUGUAUGUUAAUUGCUACGUUACCUGCACUGGUGCAGGUAUGCAAAAAGAAAAAAGAUUCCAAGCCCUCACUAGUCUUCCUUUUCAAGUUGGUAACUUUCCUAUCUAAGUCAAAGAGCUAGAGUCUUG